GUUCCACCGGCCAGCAAAUGUUAAUGAUAUGUGCAAAGCUGCGUAAAAUUUUCCACUAAGAAAAAAUGGUUUCUGUUCUUAAUUAAUGCAAUAGUGCGGCUAUUAAAAAGCUACAUUCAAUUCUAAAGAAGCAUGAAAAAGAAAACGAGCAUCUAACAUGAAUUUUCAAGGUCCUUACUUCGUUCAAGUUAUUUUGUUUCCAAUGUUAUAUAUUCUUCAUGUGACCUGCCGUCGAGUUCCAAUUAUUUCAUUUAUGAAAACAAAAAGAGACUUAAUGAAUAGAGAAAGUGUUAAAAAGUUACAGCUUCAAACCAUGCUUAAUGCAUUAAAUAUAAAAAGCAGUGAAAACGAUGAACUUUUUAAUGAUAGGUUAUCAGAAACUGUUAAAAGAGAUACUGAUGGAAACCCUAUUGUAAACACAGACUUUUCAAACUUAAUAGGAAGCCAAAACGAGGACUGGGAUUUAGUAAGACAGCCAGAUCUUUUAUCAAAACAAGAUGAUAUUAAAAAUAACAAUGAAUUUUUAGAAAAACGUGCGAACACUCCAUGUCGACGUAAACGAGAAAUAUUGUUGAACAAAAGGAGUCUUGAUACACCUCAUGGAGAGGGUUUGGUUCCCGCUUAUGGUAUUUACGAUGAAAUGUGCGAAGAUUCAUUACCAGUAGAGGUUGUGAAAAUUGAUAAGCUGGUCGUGGAAGAUGGUGUAAUUAAAGAUCAAAAUAUAAUAGAAAAAGCCAUGCUUGCUUAGUAA